AUGUCAGGAUUUACUGGACCAACACUGCUGCCUGUGAAGGAGAUAAAAGAAGAAGAGUUUGAUGAUUUCCUUCAAGAGUAUCUGUCUACAGUUCAGAAGGAAAACCCUGGAGAGGAUCACAUGUGCAAGACUGAAACAAACAUGUCAGACAUCAUGGGCAUUAAAGAGGAGGAAGAGGCUGAUGUAAGAGAGCAUGGUCAGAAAGACUCUUCUCCUACUGCAAAUCAUCAAGAAAUAUACACAGAUAAGAUGAGAUGUGCUGGGGAGAUGGAAGGUCAUCAUAGCAAACAUGGAAAGAGCUUUCAUAAGAGGAAUCACCUGAAGUCACACCGGACCAUCCACACAGGAGAAAAGCCAUAUCAGCGCACUACAUGUGGGAAGAGUUUCAAGACAAAGGUGAAGGUCACCAUCCAUCAGCGCACACAUACUGGAGAAAAGCCAUAUCAGUGCACUACAUGUGGGAAGAGUUUCAAGACUAAGAGAGAGGUCACCAUUCAUCAGCGCACACAUACUGGAGAAAAGCCAUAUCAGUGCACUGACUGUGGAAAGGUUUUUAGUCAAACAUCUAGCCUAAAGGCACAUCGGACCAUCCACGCAGGAGAUAAGCCAUAUCAGUGCACUGACUGUGGAAAGACUUUUAGUCAUAGAUGUAACCUCAAGACACACCAGAGGAUCCAUACUGGUGAAAAGCCAUAUCAGUGCACUACAUGUGGGAAGAGAUUCAGGGAGAGCAGUUCUCUUACUAAACAUAAGCUCACACAUACAGGAGAAACGCCAUAUCAGUGCACUGACUGCGGAAAGGGUUUUAGUCGAAUGAGCAGUCUCAAGGCACACCAGAGUAUCCACACAGGAGAAAAGCCAUAUCAGUGCACUACAUGUGGGAAAAGUUUCAGGAGAAAGAUAGAGGUCACCAUCCAUCAGCGCACACAUACAGGAGAAAAGCCAUAUCAGUGCACUGAGUGUGGAAAGGGUUUUAGUCAAAUGAGCAAUCUCAAGACACACCAGAGUAUCCAUACAGGAAAAAAGCCAUAUCAGUGCACUGACUGUGGAAAGGCUUUUAGUCAAAUGAGCAGUCUCAAGGCACACCAGAGUAUCCAUACUGGAGAAAAGCCAUAUCAGUGCACUGACUGUGGAAAGGUUUUUAGUCAAACAUCUAGCCUAAAGGCACAUCGGACCAUCCACGCAGGAGAUAAGCCAUAUCAGUGCACUGACUGUGGAAAGACUUUUAGUCGUAGAUCUAACCUCAAGACACACCAGAGGAUCCAUACUGGUGAAAAGCCAUAUCAGUGCACUACAUGUGGGAAGAGAUUCAGGGAGAGCGGUUCUCUUACUAAACAUCAGCGCACACAUACAGGAGAAAAGCCAUAUCAGUGCACUGACUGCGGAAAGAGUUUUAGUCAAAUGAGCAGUCUCAAGGCUCCUGUCACUGAUUGGAUGAACCCGGAGGGCCAGAGAGAAGAGGCAGUAUAUAAAUCACCUAGUGGAGUCAGAUUUCUGAACUCACCUGCUCAAAGCACAGAACUAGAGUCUGAAAUGUCAGGAUUUACUGGACCUACACUGCUGCCUGUGCCAGUGAAGGAGAUAAAAGAAGAAGAGUUUGAUGAUUUCCUUCAAGAGUAUCUGUCUACAGUUCAGAAGGACAACCCUGGAGCGGAUCAUGUGUGUAAGACUGAAACAAACAUGUCAGACAUCAUGGACAUUAAAGAGGAGGAAGAGGCUGAUGUAAGAGGGCAUGGUCAGAAAGACUCUUCUCCUACUGCAAAUCAUCAAGAAAUCAACACAGAUAAGAUGUGA